CCCUGCCCUGCCUCCCUCCCGUUGACAUUCUGGAACAUGGGAACCAAACCGUUAUGCUGCUGUGGUGUCAUCAGUUUGGGGGCAGCACAUGGAGGGGCACAUUGGUGGCACCUCCUUGGUGACAACCUUGAGGGUGGCACAUUGGUGACAAACCUGCAGCCAUUUCUUUGGGACAGCACUGAAGCCAUCACCAGUGACAGCACCUCAGGGGUGGCCCAUUGGUGGCAGCCCCUUGGUGACAAACCUGCAGCCAUUUCUUCGGUGACAGCACCUCAGGCGUGGCACAUUGGUGGCAGCCCCUUCGUGACACUUCUGCCGCCACCCCCAGUGCCAACAGUCCCUGGUCAUGCUGCGGCUCCAUGUGGUCAGUGUCCACAUCCCCGGGGCCACCGGCUUUGGUCCCGGUGUCCAUCUGUCCGUCUGCUUCCGAGGUACCUCCAGGAGAACCCAGGUGGUGCCUGAGGAGCGCAGCCCCACCUGGAAUGAGGAGCUGGUGUGGUCACUGGACGAGUGUCCCUUGAGCCCCACAGACACGCUGAGCCUGCGCCUCCAGCACUGGGACCACCCAGUGCCCCGGGGGGACCUGGGUGGCACCACAGUGUCAUUGGACCAGUUGGUGGCCAACCCCAGCCUGCCGAUGGCCCGCAGGGAUGUCCUGCUUCUGGACCACUGGGAUAAGCCCACAGGGUGCACCGUCACCUUCCGCUGUUACUACACCCCCUGUGGCAAGGCUGGGAAUGCCACGGUCACCCCUCAGGGAUGGGUGGCACUGCCGGGGGCACUGGAGCCACCUCAGAGCUCUGGCAGGGCCCCUAUGGAGAGGAAAGAGGAUUUCCAGGUCCGGGUGAGGAUCAUCCGGGCCCGGCAGCUCCAGGGCAACGACAUCAGGCCGGUGGUGAAGGUGCUCAUAGGGAAGGGGCACUUCCGGACCCGGAGCCGGACAGGGAACAACCCCUAUUUCAACGAGGUGUUCUGCCAAAAUUUCCACGAGACGCCAGAGCAGUUGGUGGCACAGCCCAUCCGGAUUCAGGUGCUCCGUUCCCAAAACCUCUGCACCAAACCUGUCAUUGGCACCUUUGAGCUCGACAUCGGCACUGUGUACUCUGCACCAGGGCGCACCCUGAGCUGGCAGUGGUUGAGCCUGCAGCACCCGCAGCACCGCGACAGCCACUCCCAGGGGUACCUGCAGGUCAGCCUGGCCGUGCGCCGGGCGGGGGAGAGAGUGCAGGAGCAGGAGGUGCCAGCGGGGGACGAGGACGUGGAAUCCAACCUGCUGCGCCCACCCCCAUGUGCUACCACGCUGCAGAUCCGCGUGUACCGCGCCCAGGACCUGCCGCAGGUGGAGCCGGUGCGGCCGUGCCUCGGCAUCAGGAGGGGCUCGGGGAAGGUGGCAGUGCGGGUCAGCUUUGCCGGCAGGACGCUCUGCACCCGAGUGAUGCCCCCCAGUGCCAACCCUGAGUGGAACGAGGUCUUCUUCUUCCCACUGAGGGUGAGGUGUCCCCCCAGAACCCCAUCCUACACCUCUCCCCAAAACAG